AUGAAGACUGGGGAUUCUGUAGGACCUGGUAUUGAUGGAGAAAUCUGUAUCAGAGGCCCAUUAAUAAUGAAGGGCUAUCUCAACAAUGAGGAAGCAACAGCUAAUAUCAUAGACAAUGCUGGAUGGUUGCAUACAGGUGAUAUUGGACAUUAUGAUGAAAACGGCAUCUUCUUUAUUGUAGAUCGCAUUAAGGAACUAGUGAAGUACAAAGGUUUCCAGGUUGCACCAGCUGAGCUGGAAGGACUUUUGGUUACAAAUGAGAAUGUAGCAGAUGCUGCCGUUGUGGGCAUCAAAGAUGAAGAAGCUGGUGAACUUCCAAAAGCCUUUGUAGUGCCUAAACCAGGGAAAACAAUCAAUCCUGAGGACUAG